UCUUAUCUCUUUCGAAAUAUCUGUGUAGAGAAGGCGUCAGGAUUGUUUUCAUGUGUCAUUUACAGCUGCUGGAAAGACGGUGUGUGUGUUAUCUGGAGCGGACAGCAUGGCACGAUUCCCCUUGUAUUUGAACUCCGCAAUGCUGGUGUUAAUUACUUGUGAUUUCCGCCUAGUGACAGCUACUGAUAGACCACCUGCUCCUGUUAAUGUCACUGUCAGUCACCUGAAGGCCAACUCUGCCACUGUGUCCUGGGAUAUUCCUGAAGGAGACAUUAUCAUUGGUUAUGCCAUUUCACAAUUGAGGAAAGAUGGUCAGAUGCAAAGAUCUAUCCGUGAAGUGAAUACAACAAAUCGAGCCUGUGUGCUGUGGGAUUUGGAGGAAGACACGGAAUAUGUGAUUCAAGUUCAGUCAGUUGGUCUGAAUGGGGAAAGUCGGGCAAGCAAGCGCGUCCAAUUCAGAACUCUAAAGGAAACUGAUUGGGUUCCUUCAAAUAGCUCAAACAAAGAUGACCCAACAGUCCAGGAAAUGAACUUACCUUUGCAGACAGGAGAGAUGAUCAUUAUUGUGACUGUCUUGAUCAUGUGGGCAGCUGUUAUAGCUCUCUUCUGCAGACAGUACGACAUCAUUAAAGACAACGACUCAAAUAAUAACAAGGAGAAGGCCAAGCCCUCAUCAGAACACAGCACGCCAGAGCAUCCGACUGGUGGAUUAAUGCGUAGUAAGUUCCAAAAUAACACACCAGCAAUUAACAUCAUUGAAGUUUGACUACUGCAGUAUGGCUCUACAGAUGGGACAAGUAUUCAACAGACUAAAGGAACAUUGUCUAAACCUUAUGAAUCCAUAUUUUGCAUCAUUAAUACCAUCUUUAUGCCUAAAAGCAUGUCAUAGCCAAGGCUUUCUUUCCUCAGAGGACCUGCAUGGAGAUUAAGGCUGUGCAUGAGGGAUUCCUUCUUCAGCAUAAAGGGCCGCCAAAGGUGACCCAUGCAGAUGAUGUCCAGAGACAUGCAGUAUUGGCUAAGAUCUACAUGAAGCACUGCAAACAUCAGAGCAUCCUACUGCAUAGAGGUCCCGCUCUCAUUUAAUGGUUUGCCAAUCUAAGAUUCUUUGUCAAGUGUGCGGGAGACCAAUAUGAUGGUCAGCUCAGGGACUCAACACCUGGAAAGACUCAAUUAUGAUAUAGCAUGGUUCCAGAUCUGCAUUCAGUGAAUUUCAAUGCGCCUAAUGGAUUGAACAGGUCUGGAAUUGGGUAAACAUGUAGCUAUGUCUAACGGAAUGAAAGCUUCUUCUGCCCACCAGAUGUAGAGGCCUCACAUGAAGUAGUUUUGGGCAUUAGCAACAGAGUUCUUGGUGCAGUUUGGAUUCAAAGCAACAAAUCAGCACCUAUUCUGGCAUCAGCUGGGACUAAAUUGGCAGAUUCACUCAGACAGGCUGCAUGGAUGACUGUGCAGGAAAUGAAUAAAAUGCUACAAUACUCCAGGAAAGGAUUCUUUUCUAAAUUGAAGUAGAAGCAUACAGUUAAAGUGAAGUGAAUUGUUAUGUGACAGUAAUUGAUUCUGACACUCAGUGCCCAGAAAUUUACUGAAAAUCAUUGAAUAAAUAUUAAUAACAAAAUUAACUAGUGGAUCAUUAGGAGAUAGAAUCACAAUAUUAAAUAUUUUACUGCCAAUGUCAGUUUGGCAGUGUAUCUUGAUUAAUCAGUUAUGAAAAAUCAGUAUGUUAUCUGAGAGACUUGUUUGAACGUGUAUGUUAUGUUUGUUGGCCUGGCUAAGUCCACUUGUGAAGAGUAAAACACUGUCAGAGAAAUCAAGCAGAGCCUAUUCAUUCAGAGACAGUCUAGAAAUGAUUUUAGUAUUAAAAAUUAUGUUUAAUAUUGCUUUUCUGUACUCCUAAGAUACCUAA